AUGCCCUCCGAAUUGAAGAACUGCGUGACGAUUACGGACGACGCCGCCGGUGACGACUCUUUUCCUCCCUCUGCUGCUGCUGCUGCUGCUGGCGGUGUUGCUGUGGUGGAGGCGAUGCCGCAGACAGCGAGGAUCGUGCCCUGCGGGUUCCACGAGAUACAGGUGACGGGGAUGCCGGUUUCGACGAGGUACGGCCUGUUGUCACUGACGCUGUGCAUCAGCUGCAUGCGGCCCGUCCUGUAG